AGCCCCGUCUCCCCCCCCCUCCAGCGGCCCCCCCCGCCCCGUUCCCAGGCCCGUAACAUUAGGCAGGAAAAUGUUACUUUCCGUCCAGCCCCGGGCCGCCAUCGCCACAUUUGGCUACAAUAAGACCAGCAAGAAGCAGCCUUAUGUGGCAGUGGCCCAGCAGAUGGCGCCCCCGAGUCCCAGCGGCAGCAACAACGGCGGGGGCGGGGGCGGCGGGGGCGGCGGGGACCAGCUGAGCAAAACCAACCUGUACAUCCGGGGCCUGCACCCGGGCACCACCGACCAGGACCUCGUCAAGCUCUGCCAGCCAUACGGCAAAAUCGUUUCCACGAAAGCCAUCCUGGACAAGACGACCAACAAGUGCAAAGGCUACGGCUUUGUCGAUUUCGACAGCCCCACGGCGGCGCAGAAGGCCGUGACGGCGCUGAAGGCCAGCGGGGUGCAGGCCCAGAUGGCAAAGCAACAGGAGCAGGACCCCACGAACCUGUACAUCUCCAACCUGCCGCUCAGCGUGGACGAGCAGGAGCUGGAAGGGAUGCUGAAACCCUUCGGGCAGGUGAUCUCCACCCGCGUCCUGCGUGACCCCAACGGCACCAGCCGCGGUGUUGGCUUCGCCAGAAUGGAGUCCACAGAAAAGUGUGAAGCCAUCAUCACCCACUUCAACGGGAAAUACAUCAAGACCCCCCCGGGGAUCCCAGCCCCCUCAGAUCCGCUGCUUUGCAAGUUUGCCGAUGGGGGGCAGAAGAAGCGCCAGCCCCAGGGGAAAUACGUGCAGAACGGGCGGGCCUGGCCGCGGGACGGCGACUCGAGUGGCAUGACCUUGACCUACGACCCCACCACGGCUCUGCAGAACGGGUUCUACCCGACCCCCUACAGCCUGGCGCCCAAUAGGAUGAUUGCUCAGACCACGCUCGCCCCUUACCUCCCGUCGCCCAUGUCCUCCUACCAGGUUCACAGCCCGUCCUGGAUGCACCACCAGUCGUACCUCAUGCAGCCCACGGGGACGGUGCUGACGCCGACCAUGGACCACACCAUUUCCAUCCAGCCCGCCUCCAUGAUGGGCCCCCUGACCCAGCAGCUGGGCCACCUCUCCCUCAGUAGCACUGGCACGUACAUGCCAGCGGCAGCAGCCCUGCAAGGAGCUUACAUCCCUCAGUACACGCCCGUGCCUUCCUCCAGCAUCUCAGUUGAGGAGAACAGCGGCCAGCAGAGCCAAGUGGCUGUCGAGUCUCCGUCAGACCACGCCGCCUACUCCUAUCAGUACAGCAAGUAACAGCAGCUGGACCAGGCGUCUCUGCUCCGAGCACUCGCCCCGAGGGAGAACGCCACCUCCUCUUUGAUUUGUGCUGCAUCUAGAAGAUCGAAUCCAUUUUUUUUUCUUCGUUCGUUUCUUUCUUUUGCAAAGAAAACAGUUUUGUAAAAAAAGCAAACAAAAAAACCCGGCAAUAGACUCUGCUCACCAAGGAACCAAAGCGGUGGAAUGGGGGGGCUGGGUCACCAGAUCCACUCCAUGCGGACGGACAGACGGACUGAGGCCUGUUUUAAUAUGAGGAAAACAAAUGUGUUUGGUUUAUUUUUUUGUUGUUGUUUUGGAGAAACCCCUUUUUUCUGGGUGGUUCUUUAAGGAAAGGGUUGAUCCAGGUGGGUGGAUCUGGCUGCCCUGGAGCGGAGAGGCUGCAGAUUCAACUCUCUGGGACAAUCGUCGUUUUCUUUUGUCAAUUAAGGAUUACUUUUUUGUUCCUUUCUUUUUCUUUUCUUUUUUUUAAAGGGAAAAUAUGCAACGUUUGAACAGGUUUAUUUUGAGGGGGGUUUGGUUUUGGUUGUACUGCUCCCCGACGGAUUCCGCCCGUUUUCCCCCCCCCAGCUCCCCUCUGGACGCUUCUCCACGCCUCAAUGCCACUGUAGGAUAAAGAAUUUUUCCCGGGGGGGGGAAGGGGUUGCUUUAAAAGAAAAGAAAAAACACGCCGCAAAAACCUACAAAAAAAGCCCCACGUUUUAUUGUAUUGUUUUUUUGCUUUUUUUCUCCCGGGUUUUAUAAAAAAGGAAAAAGUCUUUAAAAAAAAAAAAAAGAAAAGAAAAAAGAAACACUAAAAAAACCCAGGAUCUAAUGAGACAAGCCUGGCAGGAAUCCGUGACUUUCCAAUGGGAGGAUGAGGCGGGAGAUACGCUGCAUCGGGCACUGGCUGGCAGGAUUUUGGGCAGGGGAAAAGUUGGCCACAAACUCUGGGCCAGGACACAGCUCCAGGAAACCUCUAGGAUCCUUAAUCUUCUCCCUGCUUGAGCUUCGCCGGACAGGAUUACUGCACGUGUUGGACUCCAGCUUGGACUGGGGGGAUUCGUGGUCUCUGCUCCGGCCCCUGUCCUUUCCUCUUGGAUGCUACAGACGUGGACUCGCCCUGCGCCUGGGUCAGGACUCCGGACUCGGCCCUCGCCCCCCUUCCAAAAGCCUCGUGCCGCUUUCUGCGUCACCAGUGACGUCUUGUGCUUCCGGACUCUCCGCCCCGGCGACGGAAUCCACGGUCUGCCCCCCCUCCCUACGCACCGAAAGCCCGAGGGGACCCGGCACCGGCUCAGCCCCGUCCGCCCUGUGGGAUACACAGUGCCUUCGCUGCCCGCGUUCCAGACCGUGCCAGCAGACCCCACUCUGCCGUCGUGGUGACCUCCCUGCCCCCCCACCACUGGGAUCCAUGCACGGGGGGGGGGAACAGCCGACUGGUGACACACAACCCCCCCCCCCGCCCCCGCUGCUCUUCACUGCGGUAGGAACAGCCGGUCGGCACAGGCCACAGGAGGACGAUGGGGCUCCACCCCACACCCAAGCUUGUGGGGGGGGUUGGUUGGAUUCUGGGUGCGGCUGGAUUGCCCCCCUUCUUCCCAAAAGGGGGGGCUGGGUGGUGGCUUUUUGGGGGUUGGGGGGGCAGAGCUGAUGCUGCCCUUGCUGCAGAUGGGGAUCUCAUUUCUAUGCACAUCCCAGCCCCUCCUGGAUUCCCCCCACCCCCACCCUACGCACGCCAUAGCAGGAGGCAGGACAAGUGCAAUAAACCAGAAUGCCGCGCCCCCGCUCCCGCUCCCCGACCCCCAAAUCUCUUUUACCUGGAGACCAAGCUCUUAAAGGUACCAGGCACUUUAAACUCAUCCGCACGUUCUCAAAACAACUUCCCCCCCCCGACCCCCACCCUUUGUGAAAUGCUCUGCUGUGAUUCCUUCCCCCCAGAUGGUGCUAAACCCUCCCCCUGCCCCACUGGAUAGACCCUCCCCCAGGCUGGCACAAUCCUGCCCUCCCCCCAAUAUCUGUUACAUUGGAUAGACUGUGAAACAAACAGGCCGGCCCCUUCUCUGAGGGACAUACUUGGGGUCCCCGCAUCCCUGCUCGUCUCCCCUUCAGAACCCCUACCCCCCCACCCCAGUCCUAACCCUCUUGGGCUGGGGGGUUGGCCCGCCCUGCCCCUUGGAGAAAAUAGCUCUUAUGCAGCUGACAAUCAGUGAUGUUUGUAUCGCACGCGCGAGUGAGUGGUGUUGUAGUGAGAGAAGCAGACGAAUGGGGGGGGCGCGGGGUUGGAGGGAGAAGGCAGCCCCGGCCAAGGGGUUUGUAGAGGGCGCAAUGGACGAUUUAUGCAGAUGGUGUGCGUGUGUGUGUGGGGGGGAGCGCAUCUCUCCCCUCCCAGUCGAUUCUGGGUGGGGCGGAGGGGUGGACACCAGUUAGGGGUUUUCACUUCCCUGUUCCAGUUGGGGUGAAGAAUGGUUGGGGCCUGGCAAGUUGAAUGUUAACCCCCCGCAUGCACCUGAGAGCAAUUUAAGCUCCUCUGCGCACACACAUCCCCACCGCAAGGUUGGGGGGGCCUGGGCCAGGAGAUCCGACUUUAAUGGUCAAUCUCCCCCAGGGUGGGAUCCGUUCGUUCCUCCCUGGGGCAAUGCACCCUCCCUCCAGCACCCCAUCUCCUGUUCACCCCUUGGCUGCCCGCAUGGCCGUCCUGACAGCAGGAAGCCAGGGGGGCAUCCAGCCAGCCUGGGGUGGGGCAGGGAACAGCAGACGCUACCUCCGCCCCCCCAGCUGCAAGGUUCCUGGGGGUGGCCCAGCACUGGCCUGGCAAGCCCCAGCCCCGAAGGGUGAGGGGCCCUGCAGCUUGGCUCUCUCUUUCCUCCCUAGACACUAAGGCCCAAACGUGCCAACACAGAGGAAAGGGGGGCAGAAAGGCUGCCCCACAUAAUGCAUGCUGAGCCCCGCUCUUGCCCACGAGCCCCUCCCAUUCUAAAUAAAAGCCCCGGCUUUCCGCUGGUUCCAUCGGCAAGGGGGGUUGGCCUCCAAAAUGCCCAAAUCCACAGGCGUCCGGCGCCUCGCCUGGCCCCACCCCGUGCAAACUGCGGUGCCUUAAUCUGCAUUGCGGUGCCUGGUGCUGGUGCCGCUGGGCUCGAAGCCGGGACCCGGGGAGCCCCGUGGGCGCAGCAAACCCACGCUGGGACUUGGCGGCAUCCGGUUCUUGGGCCUCAGGAACGGUGCAGAAAUCCGACAGGCUCCGACGCACUGGGCCGAUCUCGGCCCCCGGGGUGGGGAGGGGGGAUGGAGCCCCAGGGGAGCCCCAAGAUAGCCACAGGCUGUGGCUGCCCCCCUCCCACAAUGGCUGCGUUUGAAGAUUUUUGUUCUUUUUCAUGAAUUUUUUUGGUAAGUUUCCUUUUUUAAAAAAAAAUAUAGAAGACAAAUUCCCUGGUCGUUUCCCAGCCCCCUGGCCGGUGCGGGGGGGUUGGGGGGGGGGUUGAGCUGUGGGUUUUGCUGUUCAUGUUCUGGGCGUUAAGUUCCACCUUUGGGGGGGGGUCCUGCUGACACUAGUGCUGGGGUGGGGUUGGCGUUGCUGGCCGUGAUGGUGUCUUCGGUUGAAAUUGUUUGAUGCAGGUUUUUUAAAAAUAUUUUAUUGAUUUGUGACGUGAAUGCAUGGGGGGGGGGCACUGGUGUGGCAUGGGGGGGGCGGGUGAUUUGAGGAAGGUUUAAGUGUGGGGUUUUUUUCUGUGGAGUUGCUUUUUUGGGGUGAUUUGGUUGUGCAGCCCCUGGACACCCCCUGCCUGCCAGCUCGCAGGCCUGCGGGUUGCGUCUGAGAUGGGGGGGGUCCUGUCCAUGGGGGCCUGGGGGGGAAGCCCCAGAAUUGCCAAGUGCCCAGAGCAGCUGGCGCCUCCAGCAGGGGCUCGUAGAAAUAGGCCAAUAUGUUGCCCUGGUAACACCUCCCCCUACCCUCUCCAGCUAGAUACCUCCCCCAAACACCUCAGCCAGUCCCCCCCAGUCAAUAAACCUCCUGUCCCUGCCCCCCCUUGUGUGCACCCACCCCCUGCCAGUCCCUGACAGGCCAGACCUGGGACUUGCAGCCCUGGGCCAGCUGCGGGGGGGCCAGCGAGCCAGGUUCAGUGUUUUGUUUUGUCCCGUUAACCAAAGAGCCCCGGGCCCCCCGGUGCCGCCCCACAGCAUCAGGGCAGCAUCAGCACCCCCGCCCCCCCCACCCAGGCCCUCUCCAGGCAGCAGGAGAUGCUAGGUGUCAACCAAAGCAGCUGAGGCCAGGCCUGGGUCAGGGAACAGGAUGGACCUUGACAGGCGGGGGGGCAGUGGAGGACCCACAAAAAGUGCAGUGAAAUCUAAAAGCAACCCCUCUGCCUUGAGCUGGGUCUCCUGCCCCCUCGGGCGCGGGGGGGCUGCUGGCUGGCCUGCCUGCCCCCCCACCCCCUUGCCUUGCUUUGGCCCACCCCUCUGUUCACCCACUCAUUGGAGGACGUGUUGGGGGGUGUCUUGGGGCAGACCCAUGUUGUAUCUAGGAAGGGGGGAGGGAGCAGUGUGGGGGGGUGUCUAAGCAGCUGGAGAGUUGGGGAGCGGGGGGGGGGCCUAGUCUCAGCUCUGGCCCUGCCACACUCCAGCACUUCCAGGCCUCGGGGUGCACCAGGCUGUGGGGUCUCCCCUGGCACAGGCUGCUGGGGGGCACAGGGCCCUGCAGUCCUAGCCUAGCCAUGGGCCAAGGCCGGCCCCUGCAGGCGGGUCCCACUCUGGGUGCCUGGUGCAGGCAGGAGGGGUGGCCAGUUGGCUGGUGGUCAGGCCAGGGCACUAAGAGGCCAUUCGCCCCCUCCCGCCCCACUGCCGGAGCAGGGACCCGGAUGGGCAGGACUCCUGCUGGAUUUUGAGCCUUGUGCCUUGAUGGGCCCCUGCCUGAGAUCCAGCCCCUGCACUUCGGGGUGUAGUGCGGGGCGGCCAGCGUUCAUCUCCCCCAGGAACAGCCUGGGCCUGACGUUGGAUCCCUCUAUCCCCAAGAGACACCCCCCCCGACCCCUUGCCCACACAUCCGUGAGUUGUGCCAGUCCCUGAGGCCUGGCAGCUCCUAGCUUAGCAACCCCCCAGCAUGGCUCCCCCUAGCCCACCCCCAGGAUUCCUGGCCUCCCCCGCCAGUGAAGCUCUGGGAGCUCCUGAAGCCGGCUCCGCGGCCCACUUGCGGCUCGCUGUUACAGCCGGCGCUCCCUGCCCCUGGCUACACAGCUACCUCGCCCCGUCGCCAGCGCAUCGCACCCCGACGGGCGGUGAAACGCCGCGGCCCAUUCCCCACGCUCCGCCGGCCCCCCCCACCCCGCCCCUGGGGGGAGCAUUCAUGGUUUCACAAACCUCAUGUUGCUGCUAAUUACAGGGGUGCCUGGUCGCCAGACAGGGCCCCGCUGGUUGUUUUUUUAUUCCAUUCCCUGGGGCGGGGAGUGGGGGGCCCACCUGGGCCCACACCCUGGGAGCUAACCAAAGAGGGAGAGGGAGACACCUUGGUGCUGGGAUGCCACAUGGGGGGCGGGGGGGGGGGGAGAGAAUAAAACAGCCUUUUGCAUUAAAGACCAGGCCAUGGGCAUGGCUGGCGGCUGGGGAUGGCAAGCCACAGCCGGGUGGCUGGCGGCUGGGGACGGCAAGCCACAGCCGGGAGGCUGGUGCCUGCUGCCUCGGGACCAGCCCAGUCUGGGGUUUAAUCCCAGCAGAGGAAGCAGAUCCCGCGCAGGCUGGAGCUGGAUGCCAGGCCGGGGAUGCUGGCCAGAGGGGCCGCCAAAAACAAAACAGGCUCACGCCUGAGGUUAAAGGGGGGGGAGCCGUGAGGCCUCGGGGCUGAGCCCAUGCCAGCUGCUUUCCCCCCCCCCCCCCGAUUGAAACUGGCAGCUCCGAGCCUGGAGAUGCAGCAGUUGUGAGCCCCAGAAUCCGCCCCGCAUUGCCCAAGCUGUGGGCGCCGGCCCCACCCCUGCGGCCGCGGGCAUCCCAGCAGGCACCAAGUCACACGUGAGCCCCGUGGGCGUGGGGAGGGGGGGGCCAAGCGCCAGGACAGCCAUGGCUUGGGCUGAGCAGAGGGCUGCAGGCUAGCCCCAGCGCUGGCUCGAGGCAGGGGCCUGGGUCCCGCUGGAGAAAGGGGACACUAAACCAACCACCUCUUUUGCCAUCCCCCCUGUGCAGCUUCCGCCCCGCCCCCCCCGCCCCCAGGAGUUAGCACCCUUUAAUUUAUACCAAGGAGCAUUUUGUACAGGUUUUUAAGUUUUGGGUUUUUUUAAAAAAAAUCUCGAGGUUUCUAGUUUUGUAUUCUUCCCGCUUCUGUGCUCCAGCCGGGCUUGUGUCCCCACGCCCUCCCCGCCUCUGAUGGAGCUCCCACUCGGCUCAUGGGGAAGUUUUUGUUUUUAAAUAAAAAGGUGGGAAAGAAAAAAAGGAAAGUUGGCUCAGUCUCCUCUGUGGUUUGGCGGUUGCCUGGGAAAGGCCUGGUAGGUUAGUGCAGCUGCAGCAAUUCUGGCUUCCAGCACCAGGGGGCGCUCUCUGGCAACGUUAGUCACAUGAUGCACAACCUGUGGAACUCAUUGCCAAGGGACGCUGUAUCAGCCACCGGCCGCUGUCAGAGCCAGGAUACAGCACUAGCUGAACCAUUGGGCUGAUCCACUGAGGCUGUUUCUUUGUUCUUAAGCCAUGGGGGUGGGGGAUUCAGGGCCAGUUUAUCAGCAAAGGGUUUGUCCAGAGUAAGGAAACACAUCCCAGGAUGAGCAAGUCAGCCUGGGACUUGGAGCCCCAGCCGCGUCUAGGCCGGAGCACCGUUAGCUUGGGCGUGUCCGUUUCCCCAGCGGUUUUGGUUGGAUCUUUUGCCCAGGAAAACAAACAAACCAUUUAACCCUGGCAGAGCAACUGUCGAAGCCCAGGACGUCAGGGCCAGGUGCUGAGCUGCCCCGCAGCGCCCUGCAUAGCACCCCUGCUUGGGCGAUGCUCCCGGUACCAGGAACAGGCUGAGGGUAGGCGCCAGUGACUCUGGCGGGAGGGGGAGGUGGUGGUGGUUAGGGACAGUGUAUUCAAGACUCCUCUGCAGCCCGGCAUGGGCUCUGCCCCAGGGCAGCGCUCACCAGCCGGGACCCUGGGGUCAUGCUGCAGCGGGUGCUGUUCUGGAAGCGGUCUGAGACCGAACGUGCUCAUGUCACAGCAGGGCCCAGGCUCACCCCUACUCCAGCUGGGUUAAUUCAGCACAGGAGAGACGGGAGCCAGCAGCGGGAACCAGGCCCUUCUCGCGCGGCCCAGGGGGCUGCAGCUGGGGCCUGUGGCACCAGAGCUGCCAGGCUCCCUCCCUGCGUUCCCAAGCCGAGGGGGCGGGCAGGGAGGCCGGCGGAGAUGCGUCAGAAGCAGCUGCCCAGGCAUGACUCAGCGGGUGCAGGCAGCCAGCCAGCCCCCUCUGCAGCAGCAGCUCCCCCCGCCAGUGGCCCGGGGGCUAGCUGAAAGGGACACGGGUGGAAGCCACCAACGCCUGGCCGCAUGGGCACAGGAAGCUGGGGGGGGGGGGGGAGGGGGCAGAGGCCUGCGUUCCAUUCCUUGGACUGCGUGCCUGAAUCCCCUAGGCAGCUGAGCUGAGUUUUCUAACGGUAACAGCCUCAUUUACCCACCAGCUGCGUAUUGGUGCAGGGCCCCACCCUGGGAGUGCUCCAAGCCCCACCCCAGGGAAUUAGGGAGGGGGCUACGCGCCCCUUGCACCCCGUGGAACCGUGCUCAGCCUGGAGGAGCGAAGAAAACGUUACACCAGGGCAAGAUCUGGGCAAGGCCGCCGUAUGGUCCUUUGCCUGCUUCCUUGCGCGGCUAGUGAAGCCUGGGGAUGAGAUUUUCCAGCAGGGGCUGGCGAGGGAGGAUAUGGCUCAGGCGGGAAGGGGGCUCCUGGGGAAUUUUUAAAUGCCUUCUAAUAAAAUGAGCUUCUACUCCUACCAAACUGGGGGGGUGCGGGGGGGGGAGAACCACAGGGAGAGGAGGAAUUUUUUUCCUACAGCUCACAUCCCUUUGACUCCAUGCUCCUAACUCUCUUAGGCACAGCUUCUGCCUAAUCCCCGUUCCGCCUUCCCGACACGAAGGCCAAACUUCGGCCCCGAAAAGCCAGCCGAGCUGUUGCCCCCACCCCCAGCCGCCCGCCCCCACCAGAAACACCCCCGACGCCGCCGUCUCUAUCAAACGUGGGUUUGUUUUUAUUCUCGCAACUUGACAAGCACUCUCUACGGCUGCACUUGUGGGAACAUCACAUGGCAACAAACAGGAGUUAAUCUAGAAUAUUUUUUUUUCCUUUAAACCUUAUUAAAAAUGAGAUUGGUCCUAAAAAUAUAGAAAGAAAGAAAUUUAAAUUCACAAAACCUGUACAUUAUCAAAAAGCCACUGAACCACCACGCUGGGCUAUAUAAAAGAGAGCCAGUCCGGAUCCUUGUACCGGGAACGUGAGAAUAUCUUUCUUUUAGGGCGGCUGGUUCUUCCUGUUUGAUCAGACAGAGAUGGGGGGGGAGGGGAGAGGGAGGGCCAGUUCUAGACUCCCCCCCUCAAAAAAAAAUGUAAUUUCCAAAGCCAACUCAUUAAGGGUUAAAAAAUAAAAUAUAUUCCACAUCUUACCCUUUCUCUUACUUAGUCCAGAACGGAUUUCUACCCACUGGUGCAUCCCCCGUAAGGAAGCAUGGACUGGCGGGAUUUCAGACACGUCUGGAUUAAUUUGGGGGGGGGGGGG